AUGCUUCAAUCGCAAGUCGAGUUCGAACGUAGUGCCGGACUCUUGAAAACAGGCCGCACCCUAAAUAGGACGUUGACAACUGGUCAACGACAGUUUGGUAAUGCGGUCAGCACAGCAGGGCAAGAACAAUGUAUUCUAGACUCGUGCAGCAUCAGCCCGAACUGCCAAGAGCCGCGAGUCAUUAUAGUAGGCGCUGGAAUGGCAGGUCUUUCAGCAGCACAUCGGCUCACACAGUGCGGUAUAAGGAACUUCCUCGUUCUGGAGGCUAAAGACAGGCCUGGUGGCCGAAUACAUUCGUGCUGGCUGGGAGAUGCGGUUAUUGAAAUGGGUGCCGAAUGGAUUUAUGGUGCAUGUUUACCAAAUUCUGUUUAUACAUUAGCUUCACAAGAUAGGCUUCUGCAACAACCGCUACCUCGUUUAGAUGCAUCAAGAGGUCUUUUUUGCACUAGUGAAGGACGUGCAGUAGACCUGCCAGUUACAAUCACGGCGUAUCACACGUUCAGGCAAAUAGAACAACAGGCCGCUAAUUUAUUUAGACUUGGUGGAGAAAGACAACAUGGAACCUUGUUAAAUUUCAUCGGUUUACGUAUACAACAAGAACUGCACAAUUUUCCCGAGGAUCAAAGAUACGACGCCGCACGCGUUAUGUUUGGAUUGACUAACAUUCUACGGAACAAGUGCGGAGAUGAUCUAUCUCUAGUCAGUGCUGAUCAGUAUGGCAGUUACAUUGAACUGCCUGGUGGUUGUGUAAGAGUUCCUUUAGGAUAUGUAGGAGUAAUGGCGCCGUUGUUACGUGGCCUUCCAGACAAUUGCAUACGUUAUAAUAAACCUGUCAACGUUAUUCGGUGGGGUCAAGGUACAUCAGGCGAUGGUCGUGCCCUUGUCAAAUGUUGCGAUGGUGAGGAAUUGUACUCCGACUACGUAAUAGUCACAGUAUCGUUAGGGUGUCUAAAAUGCCAAGCCGACAAGUUAUUUGCUCCUCCACUUCCAGUUUGUAAGUUGGAUGCAAUUUGCAAUUUAGGUUUUGGCCUUAGUGAUAAAAUUUUCCUGGAAUAUUCUGAACCGUUUUGGGUGUGCCAAGAGGGUAACCUUAAACUUGCUUGGUCGGCAGAAGAACUGCAAUCUAGAACAGAUUGGACAAGAGGAGUGUGUGCAAUCGACGAGCUUCCAGGUAGUAAACACGUACUUUGCGCUAUAAUUUCUGGUCAAGAAGCUGCUGUGAUGGAAUCAAUGGCAGACAAUGAUGUCGCAGAAGGACUGACUCAAUUAUUGCGCAGAUUCACUGGAAAUCCUUGCUUACCAUAUCCACAAAUGAUGUUACGAUCUAGAUGGGCAACAGAUCCACAUUUCUGUGGUUCAUAUUCUUAUAUGAGUUGUUGUUCGACUGUGAGUCACCAAUGUGAGUUAGGAACACCUGUGCCAGGCCCCUGUGACCCGACGCCACCCAUUUUGCUGUUUGCGGGAGAAGCAACAGUCCCAGGUUAUUUUGCGACAGCGCACGGUGCACGACUGAGUGGUAUUCGGGAAGCUGAACGAAUUAUCUUAUUAACGAAAAAGUUUGAAGGUCCGCCAAAAAGUGCCUAA